GAGAGAGAGAGAGAGAGAGAGAGAGAGAGAGAGCGAGAGGAGAGGGAGCAUCUCUGUGUAAGCAUUUAUAUCAUCAAAAAAAGGGAGCCAGCAUUUUUUCCUUCUCGUCCUCUCCACGGCUUGGUCCUGAACAAACCUCUGCUGGCGGUGGUUUUCCAAGAGGAGGAACCAGGUCUACGGCGAGAUGGUAAGAAGAGCAGGUUAUUUCAGCGGGAACUACCUCACCACCAUUCACAAGGGUCUACUCUGACCGCUCUGGAGACAGCAGUCUUUGUAGCUGUGUCCCAGAGACCCAGAUCCCCGUGCCUCGGAUCAGGCUCCCCUCACCGGGGGGACGCUGCUGACCUCGUCUUCACACCCCAAGCUCCCCGGCUGUGAAGGAUGGGUGAUGGGCCUGUGACGGAUCCCGCCUCGCGCCUGCCCCGCCUCGCGCCUCGAUGGAGCCCUCGUGGAACUCCUCCUCACACAGCCCUCCGCACGCACACUCCGCCUCCAACAUGUCCGCCUCGCUGGUGCCCCCCGCGCAGGACUGGGCGCUCUCCCACUGCCUAGCCCUGCUGGCCAUGCUGCUCAUGGACCUGCUGGCCGUGGUGGGCAACGGCGCCGUCAUGGCCGUGAUCGCCAAGGCGCCGCAGCUCCACAAGUUUGCGUUCGUCUUCCACCUGUGCUCGGUAGACCUGCUGGCCGCGCUGGUGCUGAUGCCCCUGGGGAUGCUCUCCGGCCGGGCCUUCUUCGGGGAGGCGCUGUGCCGCAGCUACCUCUUCCUCAGCGUGUGCCUGGUGAGCGCCGCCAUCCUCUCCAUCUCCGCCAUCAACGUGGAGCGCUACUACUACGUCAUCCACCCCAUGCGCUACGAGGUGAAGAUGACCGUGGGCCUGGUGGCCUCGGUGCUGGUGGGGAUCUGGGUCAAGGCCCUGGCCAUGUCCGUCCUGCCCCUGGUGGCCUGGCUCCUGCAGGGUGGCCGGGGCCCUCUGCUGGACGGGGGCGGGGUGGGGGUGGCGGCGGCCGGCGGGGCCGGAGGAGGCGGUGGCGGCGGGCCCGGGGGCCCCCCGGCGCCGUCCCCGGGGGGCCACAGGCGGUGCUCGCUGCACUGGACGGUGGGGGGCUCCAACCGCCUGGUGUUCAUGGUCCUCUUCACGCUGGUGUACUUCCUGUGCCCGCUGCUGCUCAUCCUGGUGGUGUACUGCAACAUGUUCAAGGUGGCCCGCGUGGCCGCCAUGCACCGCGGGCCCCUGCCCACCUGGAUGGACACGCCCCGCCGCCAGCGGCUGGAGUCCAUCAGCAGCCGCUCCACCAUGGUGACCAGCUCGGGGUCGGGCACGGGCACGGGCCGCGCCACCCCGCACAGGUCCUCCUUCGGCGGGGGCAAGGCGGCGGCCGUGCUGGCGGCCGUGGGCGGCCAGUUCCUCUGCUGCUGGCUGCCCUACUUCUCCUUCCACCUGUACUCGGCGGUGGCGGCCAGCCCCCCCGCCGCCCUGGCCUCCCUGGAGGAGGUGGUCACCUGGAUCGGCUACUUCUGCUUCACCUCAAACCCCUUCUUCUACGGCUGCCUCAACAGGCAGAUCCGCGAGGAGCUGGGCAAGCACGUGCCCUGCCUGUUCCGACGCGCCCGCCCGGAGGACGAGGACCUGGACGGCCGUGAGGGCUCCAUCGAGGAGAACUUCCUGCAGUUCCUCCAGGGCACGGGGUGUAACCUCGACCCCCCGGACUCGCAGGGCACGUCCAGCCCCAAGGGAGAGGCGUGCCGACCCGCGGUCCACGCUCAGGCCACUCAAGCCCCGCAGGCCGUUCCUAUCGAUUUCAGGAUUCCCGGGCAGAUCGCCGAGGACACGGCAGAGUUCACGGAUAGUGAGCACGUGAAAAAAAACAACCAUAUAAUAAAAGACAGUUAGGGUCACGAAGGAGGAUUGUAUCGUUUUAUCUCGUUGUUUAUUGUGUUUCAGGGCAUCGUUUUGCUGAAGGUUGUCCCAAAUCCGUUACGGAUGGUAGCUUAUGAGUUUAGCUAGGUUAUUUUCUAUUGUUCCAUUGCAAAAAAAUGCACUUGUGAUACAUUCAAAUUAUAAUGAAUUUCAAUUGAAAUCCUCUGAAAUUAAUUUUCUACGUAAUUUCUAACAACAUUUAUGAGAAAAAACAACAAUUACCCUAUUGCCUUGGAAAUAACUUCUCUGCCCUGUAUAGAAAAUGACUUGAUGUAAAUUGAAUGUUUUUAUUGAUGUUAUACGUUAAAAAAAUUAAAAGAUGUACAAAUUAGA